CAGAAACGAACCCGUCUAAUUCUGUUCCCCUCUCGCGCGGCCUCGCCCACACCACCACAUCUCGCCGCAAUGGCAUACAACGCUUCGCGCGCGCGCCUCUCCCCGCCGGCGCCAGCCGUUCCCCGCCCCAGGAAGCGCAGGCGCUCGCCCUCUGCACCCGGCGCGGCCGCGUGGUGCGCAUCCCCCGAAAACGCCGCUGCGUUCGACUUCCGCCGCUGCUGGCAGAACCCUGCAGGCGCGCCUGGCCGCGUCUGGCAGGGGUACCGCGCGCCACAAACGCCGGUGCCCUCCCGGCAGUGGGUAUUCGCGGAAGAGGCCUCGACCUCGAGCGGAGAUGCGUGUACAAUCAUGUCAUACAACAUCUUGGCGGAUAACAAUGCAAGGAACCAUCCGGACCUUUACUUGGACGUCCCUUGGGAUGCAAUGAGGUGGGAUUCGAGGAGAAGACUUAUUAUCCGAGAAAUUAGGCACUGGGACGCUGAUUUAGUGUGUCUUCAGGAGGUGGAUAGAUUUCGGGAAAUUUCUGCAGAAAUGAAGAACAGAGGGUAUGAAUGUAGCUUCAAGGGGCGCACUGGGGAUGCUAAAGAUGGAUGUGCUACUUUCUGGAAGUCAGAAAGGUUACGUCUUCUUGAAGAAGAUAGUAUUGACUUUAGUGAAUUCAAUCUGCGAAAUAAUGUUGCUCAAAUAUUAGUUCUUGAGCUUAAUGGAACACACAAGUUCGUUCUCGGGAAUAUACAUGUUCUGUUUAAUCCAAAGCGUGGAGAUGUAAAACUGGGACAGAUUCGCAUGCUACUGGAGAAGGCAAAUGCUCUUGCUGAAAAAUGGGAUGGAAUUCCAAUUGUGCUGGCUGGUGAUUUCAACAGCACACCUGAUAGUGCCAUCUACAAGUUCUUGUCGACAAUGAAGCUAAACAUUUCUUUGCAUGAUAGAAAGCAGUUGUCUGGACUUGAUAGCUCUGACUUUGGUUUAUACGAGCUUUGUAGCUUACUGAAUUACCAAUGGACUGAUGAAGAAGUGAGAAAUGCGACAGGAUACUCAAAUGUCACGGUCGCUAGACAUCCGUUGAGGCUCUCUAGUUCGUACGCUAUGUUAAAGGGAAAUUCGAGCAACAGGGGUCAUCAGGGUGAACCUCUAGCAACUUCAUAUCACAAGAAAUUUCUUGGCACUGUUGACUAUCUGUGGUAUACCCCCGGGCUUGAAUGCUCCAGAGUUUUGGACACACUACCUAUGGGUGCUUUGAGGGGAACAAGAGGUCUUCCAACCAGGGAAAUGGGUAGUGAUCAUCUGCCCAUUGUUGCUGAAUUCGUCUUCAUGGAACCGACCCAAGAUGAUUCUCCACAAGAAGACGAAGCUGAGCAAGAUGACAAGUCUGCACAAGCAGCGGGCACAGCUAAACACAUAUAUUUCUCCUCAGAGAGUGACAGUUCGGUCGAUGCAAGUUAAUUACUCAGUUGGUAGAAAGGGUUUAAGAUAAUGACUCAGAGAACAGGCAGCACAGUACAUCAGAAACUGCGCCACGGUGGCCAAGCUAGUCAUGAUCCAGAAGCAGAAAUCAUAUAUUCAUCGUACUGAUCAUGUCAUGCAAUCUGAAAGGUAUUUUACCAGAACCUGAGAUGUUGUAAUUCCUGCAACGGAGUCCAAUUCUGCUGUUUCAGGCUACUGGUAUGGGGCAGAAUCAGGUGUGUGGAGCUGAUGUGUCAAAUGCCAAAGUUGGGCUAUACAAACAAGUACUCCGUAGAUCAAUGACAAGAAAGAAGAAGACGCAAUGUUUAGUAGCUUCUCAUUUUGUGCCAAACCGUCAACUAGAAUAUGUUGAUCCCCUAUUGCUAUGUUGUAGUAACUUUUAACAUGCAGCCUGCACACGCAGACUUUACUAUACUCGUUCCUAUACUAUCUUUACGUUCUCAUUUGACACUCAA